AUGCCAGAAGAAGUUAAACCAACAGCGCAAUUAACACCGCAGCACCUGCAGUUUGAGGAAAACGUUUCUCGCCACAUAAUGUCGACACUUGGGAAUCUGGAACCGUUCAACGUGGAACACCCAGAAAAUUGGUCUACGUAUUAUGCGAGGUUCGAGCUCUACUUACUGGCCAAUGACGUACAGGGCAACGAUCGGCAAAGGGCCGUAUUUCUCACCUUAGCCGGAGCGCCAUUAUAUGAUCUUCUGUCGUCAUUGGCCUCGCCCCGUCAGGUGAGUCAACUAAGCAUAAAUGAAAUCAAAAUGAUUUUAACAAAUCAUUUUUCUCCCCGGCCCUCGGAAAUCGCGGCAUAUUACAAAUUCCACAAACGAGACCAAAAAUCUAAUGAGGGAUUUUCCGAGUACGUCGCAGCCUUGCGCAAAUUGGCUGUUGAUUGCAACUUUGGCACGGCGUUGGAUCGCAUGCUAAGAGAUCGCUUGGUAUGUGGCUUGCGUGAUGAGGCAUUGCAGCGCAAUCUACUAGCAGAGCCGGACUUGAAGUUGCAAAAGGUUCUCGAUCGAGCUGCUACUGCCGAAGCAGCAUUUAAGCACGCAUCUGAAAUGCGACACUCCGAACAGGUUCAUCAUGUAGCGUCCAACAACAACCAUCGCCAUAAUCGUUUGAAAACGCGUGCUAGUUCCAACGCACAAACAAAGCCAUGCAAUGGAUGUGGUGACUCACAUGCCCGCUGUCAGUGUCCGCAUCGAGAAACAAUUUGCUCGUCGUGUGGCACAAAAGGUCACCUUCAACGUGUUUGUCGCUCAUCAGCAUCUAACUCAGCCAAUCAGCAAAAGACAUCGCAUUCAUCAGGACGGUUAAAAAAGCAGAAACCACAAUCCAUAAAUCAAAUUUUGCCUCUGGUUGAUUUGAAAAAAUCAGCGACCAUCAGUAUUAAUGGAUAUAAUUGCACAUUUGAAAUCGAUUCGGGGUCAAACUAUACCAUAAUGUCAUCAACAACAUUUGAACGUGUGUGGCCGGUACAGAAGCCAAUCAUGCACACCAGUGACCUUGAACUUGUCGAUUUUCAACGUAAUAGAAUUCCUAUAAUGGGUGUGGUUGAUACAGAUGUAUCAUACGGCGGCCGUGAGGUCAGCUGCUUACCCGUCGUUGUCGUAGACGGAAACCGUUCAAACGUAUUAGGGUGCAAUUGGUUCACCCCACUGGGCAUUACAAUUCAGGGCGUCAAUGCAGUUGAAAAAGCAUCGUCAAUCAAAGGUAUCCUUAAGCAAUUUAAUCAUCUUUUCGCAGAGGAGCUGGGGUGUUUCAAAGGGAAGCCAGUUUCCCUCUACAUCGACAAGUCAGUUCAACCUAUUCGAUAUCCACCUCGGCGUAUUCCAUUAGCCACCAAAGGCCUUGUCGAAGCUGAACUAGACCGCCUAUGUUCAGAAGGGAUCCUAGAGCCAGUUGAGUACUCGGACUGGGCCACACCGAUUGUGCCGGUUCCUAAGAGCGACGGGACAAUCCGCAUUUGCGGCGACUAUAAGUCGACGCUUAACAAAGCACUAAAGCCGCACAACUUCCAGAUACCUGCUAUCAACACUUUACUUUCGUCUAUAGAGGGAGGCAGCAUUUUUGCCAAAAUAGAUCUUGCACAAGCCUAUCAGCAAUUGCAAGUGGACGAACAAUCAUCCGUGUUGCAGAGUAUCGUCACUCACAAAGGCGCCUUCAGAAAAUAUUCCGGGGGUGCUGCCGUAUUUUGA